UUUACCGAUUACAGUGAGCUGCAAAGAUGCCUUUGUUUCUAUUGGAUAACUAACUUCACAAUGUCCACAAAUGUCCUAAGAAGUCACUGGUUGCCUCUAAUAGAAUGACGUCUUUCAGCUGGAAGAGAAAGUCCAAGCUCAGUACAACUUCUGCCAUUGCAUUUUCAGAAGAAGCCGAAGAUGAAGCAGAACUUAAUGUGUUGGAUCGGUUGUGCCCUACAAAGCGUCUCUGCUUGUCUAGUCUGGAGGAUGAUUCAGUGAAGAGCAAACAAUUGCUAAAGGAGGGAGCUGCACUGGCAGAGAGUGAGAGGUAUUGGGAAGCAAUAAAGUACUGGGACGAGGCCAUUCAGCUCACGCCUGGUGUUGCGGCUAUUUAUGAAAUGAAAUCACAGGCUCUACUUGAACUAGGAGAGUUGUUUCCUGCUGUACAGUGUGCAAAGAGAGCGGUGCAGUUAGAGCCACAGUGGGCCACUGCCAGACAGACACUGGGGAGAGCUCAGCUAGGAAUAGGAGAGCUGGAAAUGGCUUGUGAGAGUUUCCAGAAGGCCAUCCAUUUGCUACCUUCUGAUCAAGAAAUAUUAUCAGACUUGAAAUGGACAUUGGAAUUACUGGAGGAAAAGAAGAAGCCAUUGAGAGAGUAGCGCGCUAUGUAGCGCUAAUAAGAGGCAGCACUAGAUGCCCUCAUUAUUGGAUGAUACUUUUUAGUGCCAUGCUUCACUUGUAUUACACAGUAUGUACAUUGCACUGGAUUGUCAUCAGUUUUUAAUUUUAAUUAUUCGUUGUGCAACAACUUUGACAAUUAAUUGUGAAUACGA